AUGAAUGGUAUUAUGACGACAUCGAGUCAUUCAAACUUCUACAGCCAGGAUUUAGUGGGGGCACCUUCAAGCUCAGAUCAUAUUCCUGUUACUUCAUCUCAGGAUCAACCUGUCCAGAAUAAUUCUCCCCAACAUGACCAUCAGCAUGACCAAUCUCAAGCCACUCAUCAAAACCAUCUAUUGCAUCAACCCCUUCACCAUCAUCCGACUCAGCAGAAUCAGCCAGAGUCACAACAAUCAAGACAAUCACAUCAUUUGCAGCAGCAGCAACAACUGCAAAAUCAACAACAACAUCAGCAGCAAAAUCAACAAAACUUAGGUUCAUCCUCUACUAGUUAUGAAAUUCCUUCGAUAUAUCAACAAUUCACAGGAUCAUAUCAACAAGCAAGAGUACCUAAGAACUUUCUAUUGGAAAAUGCUAACUACUAUACAUUACAGCCAGGAUUUCCUCUUGUUCAAGCUGCUGAUUAUUAUACUACUCCAACCACUUCUGCCAAUGAUUAUCAAAACUCCACAAUGAACCUGAUUAUCAGCCCUUCCUUCCAAAUGAGUUCCGUUUCUACACCUGACACCCAAAAUCCCAACAUUCGGAGCAAACAACAGCAACAACAACAACAACAGCAACAACAACAGCAACAACAACAGCAGCAGCAACAACAACAACAACAUUCGUACCAGCAACCACAGCAUCAACAGCAAGUUCCAGAUAUAUUUUAUACUCAAGGCAAUACAAUUGGAGGCUAUGUUACAUCAAAACAACAGCAAAAAGAGUUUUCUAGAAAAAGUGGUGGAGAUCAAACACUUGUACCUCAAACCAAUUCUAAAUUACAACAACAACUAGCUGAGACUUCCUAUCCGCAGCAACUGCAACAGCAGUCGCCACCAACCCCACAAAAGCAACAACUGCAACAUUAUCAGCACCAAACAGCUCAACCUUAUGGUAAUACAGGUUUCAUGUUGUAUUCUCAAGCAGGAGCUCCAUCGUCAUCACCAGUGGCUUCAAACGUUUCAAUUCCAACAACAAUUGCUACAACUAGUCAACCCAAUUCUCAAUUUCAAUUCACUUAUGGUUCACCCCAACAAGUGUCUCCAUCAAAAACUAAUCAAAUGUAUUUAUAUCAAAGACAGCAGCAACAGCAACAGCAGCAACAGCAGCAACAGCAACAACCGAAAUCACAGCAAAUGUCGCAAAUGACACAAUUGCCACAACAAAUUUCGAGUAAAAACAUUCUGAUAAAUUCCACUCCAACCAAAUCAAGAGCAUCAUCAAUCACUACUCGCAGUGGGCGUCAAUCCAGAGCUACUUCAAUCAGUAGUUGUAUUCCUCAAACUGAUUAUCCAGAACGUGUAAUUCGACCAAAAGUUGCAACUACAAGAUGGGAUGAUGAAAAUACCAAUUGCUAUCAAGUUCGAGCUCGAAAUAUUUUAGUUUCUCGUCGUGAAGAUACCAAUUAUAUCAAUGGAACAAAAUUGUUAAAUGUUAUUGGUAUGACAAGAGGUAAACGAGAUGGAAUACUAAAGACAGAAAAGAUUAAAAAUGUAGUUAAAGUUGGAUCAAUGAAUUUAAAGGGAGUUUGGAUUCCUUUUGAUCGGGCAUAUGAAAUUGCUAGAAACGAAGGAGUUGAUAGUUUAUUAUACCCUUUAUUUGUCAAAGAUAUAAAGCAAUAUUUUUUAACCAAAGGACAUAAGUUGAAGAGUGAAGAUGAUGAACAAGAUAUUUUAGAUGAAAGUAUGACAAGACAGAGAGAAGAAGUGAAAAGAGAAGGAAGGUCAAAUGGGGUUGGUGAUUUUCAUGAACAAGAAGAGGAGGAAGAGGAAGAAGUAAUAGGAAUUCAGACACAAACAGAGGAAGGUCAUGAUGACGAUGACGAUGAUGAACAAGAAGAAGAUGGGUCUUCAACUUCAAUGUCAAGCAGUAAAAACUCAGACUCAAAAUUAUUAGAAACACGUGACGUGAUCAAGAGCAUUGUUGAAGAAGGGGAUUCAACCACAGCUAAUGUCUCAGAAGUCAAAUAUGUUCAUGAAUACCUUGAAAGAUCUCCACAAUCCACUGCUAUAAAGGAAGAAGACCUUUAUUAUGGCUCAUCUCAUAAUACACCUCUAACUGUUCACAAAACAUUAUGA